GAAGCUUUGUUAAUGCAUAGAAAUAUGGAUGGAAAUACUCCAUUACAUUAAUUAAUGAUGAAUUUUGAUAAACAUGAAAAUAGUACUGAAUUUGCUAAUAUUAUUCUUUAAUAUGGAGCUGAACCUAAUAUUGAGAAUUAUGAAGGAAGUACUCCUUUGGAUGUUGCUAUUAAAAAAUAAUAAAUAAAAGCUAUUAAAUUUGGAUAUGAAUACAAUCAAAUUAAAAGAAAUAAUAUUAAAAAAGGAUAAUUGUUUGAUUUUAAUCAUCUUUCUAGUAAUAAUGGUUAAAGUUUGUGUCAUACUGCAAUGAGUAUAGGAAAUUUAGAAAUAAUAGAAUUUUUAUUAGCCAUUAAUUCUGAUUUUUUUGCUAUUAAUAAAUUUAAUAAAUUACCAAAAUAUUUUGCAACAUAAAGUUUAGUGUUUAUUAAAAAUACUAGAAAAAUUGAAAAGAGAUAUAUUUAUACAAAUAUUUUAAGAGAGAAAUCCUUAUUGGAAUAACAAGAAAAGUAUAUAAGAUAUAGAUAUUAGAAAUGUAUAUCAAAUGAAAAAUCAAAUUGAAAAAAAUAUGGUAUAGAGACAUUAGAAUAUGGUUUAAAAGCAUAUAGAUUAAGAAGAAAUAGAAGAUAUUGAUGAUAUGGAAAGUUAUAAUGAAAAUAGUCUUUAGGUUGGUAGUGAGUGCUCUGUUAGAGAUACUGUUGCUGAAUCAGCUCCUAUAUUCUAAAAAUCUAAUUGUUUUAAUGAAAGUAGCUAAACCAUUAAAAAAAAUGUUGAAUUAAUUAAUGAAAUAGAUUUCUAAGAUGAAUUACCAGAGAUAUUAAAAUUAUUAAGAAGUGGAAAUUUAGAAAUAACUAUUUAAAAACUGAAAAACAUAUUAUAAAAUGAAUUAUUACCUGUAUCUGAAAGAAUUAAAUAUAAAAAUUAAGUUAACUUUUUAAAAUUUAAGUUUAAACAAAAAAAAGUUGAAUUAAAAACAUAAAUUACUAAUAAUGUACUUUUAAUUUUAAAUGAAUAUUAAUUUUAAAAUUUUAAAACUGAAUUGAGAAGUAUCAUAAAAAUUAUUUAUAUUUUUAGAUAAAUAUUUAAAGGAGUUGUAAUUAUUUAUAGCAGAUUAAAAUAAAUAAGAAAUAAGUAAAGCUCUACAAAUUAUUUUAAGAUAAAAAAUGAUAUGUUCUUCAUAUAAUUUAAAUAGAGAUUUAAAAAUUAACAAUAUUUCAUAAAUAAAUGAUUUAAGACUGAAACUUAGUAGCAAUUUAAUAUAUGAUAUAAAUAAUUAUGCUUCACCUUUAUUUUAAUCAUAAAAUCAACUAUUUAAUUGGUUGUAUUAAUGUAAUUCAAAAACAGAAAAGAUUCUAGAAUAAACUAAUUAUUUCAAUUUAUAAAAUUAUGAAUAUCUAUAGUUAAUGAAAUUUAAGAGAAGAAAGAUAUUUUCAGAUAUGAUUGAUGAUCUUAAUAUAGAAAAAGACAUGCUUGAAAAUCAUUCUUUGCCUCCUAACUAAAUAAUGAGUAAUAAUAAUCUAUUUUGUAACAGUAAAAGAUUUAUUUGA